GAGCCAAGAGGGCUAACACCGUCAACGAAGAGAGAUAGAGAUCGUGUUUUUCUCGAACCUUCCACGAGAUUCUCUACUAGUAAGAAACAUCAAUUGUGAAAGAGAAAGAGAGGAAGAAGAACACGUCGACGGAGAAAGGAACCCAGAAAAAGUACCAAAAUCUUCUCUGAUAAUAAUCCUUCUACCAAUCUCAAUCAGGAAAAGUGAAGAAGCGAAAGAGAGAAGAAGAAGAAGAAGGUGAGAUGGGUGUGGAUUAUUACAAGGUUCUACAGGUUGAUAGAAGCGCCAACGACGAUGACCUUAAGAAAGCUUACAGAAAACUCGCCAUGAAAUGGCAUCCCGACAAGAACCCUAACAACAAAAAAGACGCUGAGGCUAAGUUCAAGCAGAUCUCUGAAGCCUACGACGUUCUUAGCGAUCCACAAAAGAGAGCGGUGUAUGAUCAAUACGGUGAGGAAGGGCUAAAAGGGAACGUGCCACCUCCUAAUGCUGCUGGUGGACCUGGUGGAGCCUCCUACUUCUCAACGGGUGAUGGACCUUCAUCUUUCAGAUUCAACCCGAGAAGUGCAGAUGAUAUAUUCGCUGAGUUUUUCGGGUUCUCGACCCCGUUUGGUGGAGGAGGCGCUGGUGGCAGCGGAGGGCAGAGAUUCUCUAGCCGCAUGUUUGGUGAUGACAUGUAUGCCUCGUUUGGUGAAGGAGGAGGAGGUGGUGGUGGAUCAAUGCAUCAUCACCAUCAUCAUCAUCAUCACGGUGGAGCUAGGAAAGUGGCUCCAAUCGAGAACAAGCUGCCUUGUAGCCUUGAAGAUCUCUACAAAGGAACCACCAAGAAGAUGAAGAUCUCCAGAGAGAUUGUAGAUGUCAGCGGCAAAGCAAUGCAAACGGAAGAGAUUCUAACGAUUGGAGUGAAACCGGGAUGGAAGAAAGGCACGAAGAUCACAUUCCCAGAGAAAGGCAAUGAACAUCCCGGCGUGAUUCCAGCGGAUCUUGUCUUCAUCAUCGACGAGAAACCUCAUCCAGUGUUCACACGUGAUGGAAACGACCUGAUUGUCACACAGAAGAUCUCACUAGCUGAUGCCUUAACUGGCUAUACCGCUAACAUAACGACACUUGAUGGUCGGACACUUACAAUCCCUGUCACAAACGUGAUCCAUCCAGAGUAUGAAGAGGUGGUGCCUAAAGAGGGAAUGCCACUUCAGAAAGAUCAGACAAAGAAAGGCAACUUAAGGAUCAAGUUCAACAUCAAGUUUCCAGCGAGGUUAACUGCAGAACAGAAGGCUGGUUUUAAGAAGCUUCUUGGGUGAUGAUUAAAGCUUCUGUAUUGCGAUGUGAGCGAUUCAGGUCGGAUUGGUAAUAUACGAUUUACAGGGAAUUGCUUCCCUUCUAGUAAUCCAAGAUUGGGGUCUAGUUUCCCCUGUUUGUUUUAAAUUUUCAAAGUAAUUUUUUUUCAAGAUUUUGGUACAUGUCCUCCAGAAACAAAAAUUGAAGAUAAAAUCUUUU